AUGUUGGAUCCAAUACUAGUGGCGAGGUUUAUAUUAGCUGAUCAUUACUCCGAUAUAUACAUUUCCGAAGCCAAUUUCUUGAACUCCAGUUUCCGAACUAGAAAACUUCAACAGGGACGAUUAUUACAUUUACAAGCAGCUGAAGAAAAGGCAAUGGUGGAGGUUUAUCUAACCGAAGCAGGAGAAGAAAAUAAGACUAAUGCAUAUUAUUUAGUAGAACCUGUCGAUGUUCUGUAA